AGGCUCGUUCUCGAUUUGACUCUCCGACUCGGCCCUUGUGAGUCCUUUGUGAGAGGUCCAUCACUGGAUGCCCAAUGUGGCCCUUCUCCUUCAUUCUUUUUCUCAGUGCAGCUCAUGCACUCAAGCAGAAGAGCUACACUUUGGUGACAACGUCUGCAAAAUGGGACGACGCACUCUCGUACUGCAAGAAGGCUGGCCAAGAUCUGGCCAGUGUGGUCACUGCACAGGAACGUGACAAAGCCACGUCACUCAUUCAGAGCCAAUCCCAGAAGCCUCUGGAAGUCUGGGUGGGACUACGGAAGAAGAAGGAGUGGACCUGGUCAGACGGCUCUCCGGUGAACAUGCUCUUCCUGUCAAACUUGUUUGGAUUUGUAAAGGAUCCGUGUGGAAGACUGACCACCUCCGGCUUCCAGGUCUCAUAUUGCAGCACCAAGCUGCCAUUUCUCUGCCAGAGCAUUAAAGAUAUAAACGUAGCGAAUAUUCCGCCUGACAAAGUAAGUUCUGUGGUCACCAACUACUCAACAAACGAGUUUUACUUAGUGAGAGACUCGCUAAGCUGGGCAGACGCUCAGAGGUUCUGCCAAAACAACUUCACGGACCUCGCCAGCCUCCAUCCUCCAGAGCAAGAAGACAUCCGCCUGAGGGUCCUCAACAUGAGUGUGGUGUACGCCUGGAUUGGUCUGAGUAAACCGGCCGGCAAGUGGGUCUGGACGGACAACACAAAUCUGGAGGUUGCACAGUGGGCCCCGAAACAGCCCGACAACAACAACAACAGUGAAUACUGCGCCAUGUUCUGGGUCAACGGCUGGAACGACAUGAAAUGUGCGGCUCACUUUCCUUUCCUGUGCUACAGAGAGACAGAUGUAGCAUCAACAGCAACAGCCAUUUCUGUGGCAAACAUCCCACCUGACAGAGUGAUCUACAUUCCCACCCAGUUCUCUAUAAACGAGUUUUAUUUUGUGAAUUACUCCUUAAACUGGGCAGAUGCUAAAAGCUACUGCGAGGUGAACUUUACCAGCCUCGCCAGCCUCAAGCCCACAGAGCAGGAAGAUGUUCGACUGAAGGUCCUCAGCAGGAACGAGGUGUUCGCCUGGAUCGGCCUGAGUAAACCCGAGGACCUGUGGGUCUGGACGGAUGGCACAGAGCUGCAGGCCCCCCAGUGGUCUCCCGGAGAGCCAAACAACUUCAACAACAACAGCGAAUACUGCGCCAUGUUCUGGUUCAGCGGCUGGAAUGACAUGAACUGCGCGGCUCACUUUCCUUUCGUGUGCUACAGAAAAACCAUUUUACACCUUAGAGACAUCAACUUUGAUGUCUUUCUGGUAAACGUAGACCUGAACUGGACUGAAGCGCAGAAGUUCUGCCAGCUCCACUUUACCAACCUGGCCAUCUUGAGGAACAAUUCUGUGGAUGUCCGCCAGCUGAUUGUCAAUAUGGGAUUGGAGAGGCUGUGGAUUGGACUCUCUCAGCUUAACCAGGUGUGGUCGUGGGUGGACCUGAACCAAGUGGACACUGCGGACUGGGCGCCUGGAGAACCAGCAUCCACUGGGAAUUGUGUGGUGAUCAUGGAAAGCGGGUGGACUGUGGAGGAUUGUGGCUGGUCAGGUCCAUUCCUGUGCUACCGAGAUAUCAACUAUAACCUCCAGGGCUUCAGUCCACAGCUCUUCUACAUUUCUAAUGUUUUAAUGAGCUGGAUGGACGCUCGGGACUACUGCCGACGGCACUUCACUGACCUGGCCAUCUUACGCUCCAAUGCUGAACAUGUGCGACAGCAGUUCCUGAAGCUAAGCCUUGACACCUUCUGGAUUGGACUCAGUCACCCUGCCUCCAUGUGGAUCUGGGCCAACGGGUCCCAACUUCAAGAUGCAGACUGGGCCCUGGGAGAGCCAAGCAAUGUGGGUCCAGAUGAGAGCUGCGUGGCAGUGUCGGACAGCGGGUGGCACCCCAGAAACUGUAGCUGGUCCUUGCCAUUCAUGUGCUACAAAGAUGACACCAUGACACCUACGGAUGUGCAUCAGCCCACCUCGGGGACAUCCACUCAAGCCCGAGAGACCUCAGGAGCCCCCAGAAGCACACAGUCAUCAACCCUCAGGGCAUCCACUCAAGCUCCUAAGGUUAACUCAAGCCCACCUGCUUCAAGCCCUCCUGCCACCGCACUAAGUACCACCAACAGCCUGGCAUCCUCAAGUUCUCAUCCCACCACGACAGACUGGCUGCCCAGCAGAACGACGACAGCCACAUCCAGCACCUCAAGCCGGAGAUCUCAGCAGACCACCAGCGUCCUCCAGCUGCACCCUCAGAUUGCAGGAAUCUUGCUGAUGGAGAGAAUGACGUGGCAGGAGGCCCAGCGGUUCUGCCGCCUGCACCACCGAGACCUGCUCAGCGUCACCAACGCCCACAUCCAGCGCUCUUUGGCUUCAGUUCUGCGACGCCACCACGUCCCCGGAGUGUGGCUGGGCCUGCGAAAGCAUGCGAUGCUGGAGUACUGGUACUGGAUUGGGAAUGGGCAGCCAGUGCAGUACAGCUACUGGGAAGCGGGACAGCCUAAUGGGACACUGGGGGAACUCUGCGGGAUGGCCUCGAGGACCCCUGGUCACGAGUACACCUGGAGUGACCAUUGCUGUGGCGCUCGGCUCAGCUUUGCCUGCCACUGACCUGUGCUGGUGGAGUCUGACGCCUCCUCAGAUCCACAAAGAAGAUAUUAACUGAUGCCCACCACCCGGGUACCCCAUCAACCCGUCUGGACGCACAUGGAAAUGACCACCCGGCUCGAUUCCAGCCUCUUUCACACAAGGACCUUCUUCAGGUUUUUCUUGUAAAAUAAUGCUAGAUGUUGUGGCCGUUCAGUCUUUAUAAUUAAAGAGUCUUGAUGUGAUGACGUCUUCAAAAACAAUGAAAUGAGAAGAUUUACAUUAAGGAAGGAGAGAUAAAAUAAAAGAAAUCAAAUGUAAUCCGUAGAUGUUGUGCCCACACUUUGCCUUUCAAACUUCAUUCUGUAAUCACACGCUGACCUCCUUGUGAAAAUCCAGUGCCACCGCCCUGCCCCUGCAACCCAGUAAUGAACAAAAAACAGCAAGCAAGUUGACGUGAUAUCAAGUGUUGGAUUUUUAUUUCUUUUCUUUUCUUUCUACCUAAACGCCUGCACCUGAAUUAUUUUUGACAAAUGUGAUGUGUGUGACACGUCUGAGUCUGUGCCUGAGCGCCACCUCAAAAAUGUAUAAAGACGCACGUUGAUUUGUACCUCUGACAGGCGCAUAAAUCU